UAUUAAAUAGUAAUUUUUGAAGGCCGGCAACAAAGUCUUCCUUCUUUUAUCUGGUGACUGUAGCUUGUUAUUUGACAAUUUAUGAUGAUGGAAAACUCUGUUUCUUCAUCCCAUAACAAAGUCGUAGCAUCACCGGAACCGAACAUUGAAGAAGAUCACCUUUCGGAGGAGAGCGGGUGGAGUCAAUAUAUAGAAGAUUUUGAGGGGUCGUACAAUAAAGAAGACCGUGUAGAUGAAAACAAGAGCUCAUGUUUUACGAGUUAUUCUAUGGAGUCUGAUGCUGGUAACGGACCCGAAUGGAAAAACAAAAAUAAUUUCCAAAUAUUUGGUGUAUUACCAAAUAUGCCUAAGAAAUUAAAUUUCAACAACAAAAUUCCUUUUGAUGAUUCCUUGGAAGAUACGGCUUCUUCCCCUGUCAAUAAUAGCCCCAAGAUAAAUUCGUUUUUCAAGAGGAUGGAUAUAAAUUCCAGAAAGAAGGACAAUGAUAAUGGAAGUCCCAUGGGUCAUGAGAUAUCAUUUGAUGAACAUGUGGAAUUCAACAAUAUGAAGAGAGAGCAUGACUUCACCCAUAAGUUGUUAGUGAAUGAUGCAGAUUGCAUUAAUUUGAAGCAAAAGGGCUUAUGCUUAGUUCCUUUAUCAAUGGUUGCCAACUAUCUUGGUUGAUAAUGCUUCUCCUAAAAUGCAAGUACAACAACCUACAAGAUUGUAUUUUUUUACUAGUAUUAUACUUAAUCAUCUACUCGAUUACCAAGUUAUUGUUCUUGCUGCUGCUACUGCUACUGCAAGUCCAUAAAUAUCCAUAAAUAUGUGCUGUAAAUAUUUUAUGCUUGUAAUAUUUUGUGUAUGAUUCGUGUUGCCCCUCCUGAUACCACCAUUGCUGCUGUUGGCGCUCCCUUUUAUCUUUGACCCUCUGAGAAGUUCUUUCGGUGACAAUAAAAAAUGUACUCUCGUAGCUAUCAGAAAAGGUCAUUUUCCAGGACAUGUACAUCGAAUUCAUCAUCCUCACAGAGUUUCAUUUAAAGCAGAAAUUUAAACCAAAUUAUACUUCCUCCAUUUUUUUUUAAUUGCACCAUCUUGGAUUUCACGCUUGCCAAUGCACUAUUUUAACCACUAGUAUCUCUCAUUAUACAUUUUAAAAAAAUAUAAAAAUUUGAUAAUUUUAAAGUAUAUUUGGAGACGAAUCUAACAAGAUCCCACUUGAAUA